GAUGGAGUCUGCAAAAUCCGUGGCGAGUGAGCGAUCUUCAAAGGUUGAUUUGUCACGACCAUUGCAUGUGCGUACGCCGCUACUCGAAAGCCUUCCGCUGUCGCAGAUCUACGGGCAGCGAGUCUACAUCAAGAUGGACAACGUUCAGCCAUCUGGAUCCUUUAAAAUCAGAGGAAUGGGCGUCCUCUGCCAGGACGCUAAGCGGCAAGGUGCCUCCAAGGUGGUCAUCGCGUCGGGCGGUAAUGCCGGCAUGGCGGUGGCGUAUGGCGCGCGUCAGCUGGGAAUGGAGUGCGUGGUGGUGAUCUCCGACAACGUUCCACAUCGCAUGGUCGACAAGCUGAAGCUCGAAGGGGCGCGCGUCGAGGUACGAGGCAACAGCUGGGACGAUGCCGACGUGCGAGCCAGGGAAAUCGUCGCACAAGAAGGCGGAUACUAUUGCCACCCUUUCGACAAUCCGCUGAUAUGGACGGGCAACGCGACCAUGGUGGCGGAGAUGAAGGAGGAUCUGGGUGAUCGCGUUCCCGCAGCGAUCGUCGCCUCUGUCGGUGGCGGCGGCCUGGUCUGCGGCCUGUCGGAAGGCAUGAAGGUGGCCGGGUGGGCAGACGUGCCCAUCGUCGCCGUCGAGACGCGAGGCGCCGACUCCUUCCGCGCUUCACUGCGCGCCGGCAACCAGGUUACGUUGCCGAAGAUCACCAGCAUCGCAGCAGCACUGGCCGUACGCAAGGUGUGCACGCGGAUCCUGGAGCUGUACCGGGAGCGCAGCAUUUUCUCCAUGGUGCUCUCCGACCGUCUUGCCGUUGACGCGUGCAACCGAUUCGCCGAUGACCACCGCGCCCUGGUGGAACCGGCGUGCGGCGCCUCGCUCGCCGCAGUGUACUCGAAUCGGGUGACAGAGAUGCGCCGUCAGAAGAAGCUUGAUCCGUCGCGACCCCUGGUGGUUAUUGUGUGCGGCGGCAGCGCUGCCUCCCGGCAGCAGCUCGAAGAGUGGACAAAGACUGUUUCCUCCACUGGCACUGUCAGUCCACUCGAUCACUCGGGCAUCGACUGA